AUGAAGCACACCUUCCAGGACAUCAUAAGGCCUACUUGGGGCUCAGAUGAUGUCCCGAGGGAGCUUUCCGAGUCAUCCGGGACAGAGCAGCCUUGGGGUGGUGGUGAUGGAGGCACCGUGCCGCCCGAGCUCGAGCCUGAUGAGCUUUUUCUAACGUCUGGGCAGCUGGGGGAGGAGGAUUCAUCGGAAGAUGAGGAUGGAAGGGAGGGAGAUGAUUGCGCGGGUGCUCCGUCAAUUGAAGCUGCUACCGCUGCGUGGAAGGACCUUACCACAAUCUUGAGCCCCCGCCGGAAAUCUGGCAUUGGCCAUAACCCAUUCGAAGGAGACGAAUUCCUCCGCGAGAGGUUGCUUAUGCUCAAAAUGCACCUGAGCAUAUUUAUAGAUCCAAACGAGAAGCAAACAUGGAUCUCGGCAUCACUCAAGACGGCCAGUGUGUGGCGGAAGUCGAGCCAUACGGCGAAAAAGCUCCGGGAAUGGGCCCAGUCUUUCAUCGCAGAUCGUGCUGAUCUCCCACGGAACCUCUAUGGUGCAUGGAACGUGAGCCUGCUGCACAAAGGUGAACUGGCAAAGGAGAUCCAAGAACACCUACAGAGCAUUGGCAAGUAUAUCAAGGCAAUGGACAUUACACCAUCCGGUCAGUACGUCGAUGGCCACGAGCGAGAGGAUGUCACGACAUACCGGCAAGAAAUCUUCCUUCCGACGAUUGCUGAACUCGAAUGGAAUCUGCGUCGAUGGAAGGACGGCAUCGAGGAGAUGACUGGUGAGAAGCUCCCGCGGAAUCGCCGGACAGUCAUCUGGUGGCAUGAUGAAUCGACAUUCUAUGCUCAUGACCGUAGACUCAUUUACUGGGUGCCAAAAGAUGCGACAGCUGUUCCCCGUCAGAAAGGCGAGGGUGCAUCACUCAUGGUUGCUGACUUCGUCUCAGCUGACUAUGGCUGGCUUCGAUUUGAGCAAGAGGAAGCACGAGUUCUCUUCCGGGCGGACAAGGCACGCGAUGGCUACUUCACAAAUGAGGACAUCCUCGCGCAUGCUGAGACUGCCAUGAGCAUCCUGGAUAAGCACUUCCCGAACGAGAAGCAUGUGUUCAUCUUCGACAAUGCAACGACCCAUCUCAAACGCGCUGACGAUUCUCUCUCCGCUCGCCGCAUGCCGAAGUUUCCCACAAAGCCUGGUGCUCCCCUCUUUGGUGUUGAUAGAAAGGUUGUCGGUGAUGAUGGGAAACCAAUCUAUGGUCCGGAUGGCAAGGUACUCAAGACCAGAGUCCGUAUGGCUGACGCGCAAUUUGCGGAUGGGACUCCGCAGUCACUCUAUUUCCCACCAGGGCAUGAACGAGAGGGUGUCUUCAAGGGAAUGGCAGUGAUACUUGAGGAACGAGGCAUCACAGAUGCACAGCAGCUCCGUGCCGAAUGUCCCAAGUUCCGUCCAAAGGAUGUGCCACGAUGCUGCUGCCGUUGGGUUCUCUACAAUCAGCCUGAUUUUGUGGAUGUCGAGUCACUCCUUGAGACAACGUGUAAGGGUCGAGGUUAUGAAGUAUAUUUUCUUCCCAAGUUCCACUGUGAACUAAACUUCAUCGAACAAUGUUGGGGCCAUGCGAAGCGAACAUAUCGCAAGAACCCGACAUCAUCUUCCGAGGCAGAUCUCGAACGUAAUGUCAUUGCUGCGUUGGACGCCGUACCUCUCGUAACAAUGCGCAAAUUUUCGACUCGCGCGUUCCGCUUCAUGGACGCUUACUGCAAGGGACUUUCGGGCAAGCAGGCUGCGUGGGCGUCGAAGAAAUAUCGCGGCCAUCGCGUGCUCCCAAACUCGAUCCUGCAAGAACUCGAGAGAGCCGGCAUUUAA